AUGAAUUCAGGACUUCCAGCAGUUGUCAUCGAUAAUGGUACCGGUUAUACCAAAAUGGGUUAUGCAGGUAACGAUGAUCCAUCAUUCAUUAUUCCAUCAACCAUCGCAACUCAAUCAUCAAAGGGUAAGCAAACAGCUGCUUCAAUGAAGAAGGGUGUCGAAGAUUUAGACUUUUUUAUUGGUGAUGAAGCUGUUGCCAACUCAAAGACCUACGAUAUCACUAAUCCAAUCCGUCAUGGUCAAAUUCAAAACUGGACACACAUGGAACAAUAUUGGGAGCAAUGUAUCUUCAAAUACUUGCGUUGUGAACCAGAGGAUCACUAUUUCCUUUUGACUGAACCACCCUUAAAUGCACCAGAGAAUCGUGAAUUCACUGCAGAGAUUAUGUUUGAGACAUUCAACGUUCCAGGAUUAUAUAUUGCAGUACAAGCAGUGUUGGCUCUUGCUGCCACCUGGACAUUGAAGAAUGCCGAUCGUACCUUGACCGGUACUGUCAUUGACUCUGGUGAUGGUGUCACUCACGUCAUUCCAGUAGCUGAAGGUUACGUUAUUGGUUCAUCGAUCAAGCACAUCCCAAUUGCCGGUAGAGAUAUCACUGGUUUCGUUCAACAAAUCAUGAGAGAGCGUGAGCCAAACAUCCCACCAGCUGAAUCACUCGAAAUUGCCAAGCGUGUCAAGGAGCAAUACAGUUAUGUCUGUCCAGACUUGGUCAAGGAGUUUGCCAAGUACGAUGCCGAGCCAGACAAGUGGAUCAAGCCAAUCCAAGCUGCCGACGCUGUCACCAACCGUCCAUUCUCAUACGACGUCGGUUACGAGCGUUUCCUCGGUCCAGAGAUUUUCUUCAACCCAGAGAUCAUCUCAUCCGACUUUUUGACACCAUUACCAAAGGUUGUCGAUGACACCAUCCAAUCGUGUCCAAUCGAUUGUCGUCGUGGUCUCUACAAGAACAUCGUUCUCUCUGGUGGUAGCACCAUGUUCAAGGACUUUGGUAGAAGAUUGCAAAGAGAUAUCAAGCGUUCUGUCGACUUCCGUAUCAAGCGUUCCGAAGAACUCUCUGGUGGUAAGAUCAAGGCUGUCCCAUUGGAAGUCAACGUCGUCUCCCACAACCGUCAACGUUACGCCGUAUGGUUCGGUGGUUCCAUGUUGGCCUCCACCCCAGAUUUCUACAACUUGUGUCACACCAAGGCUAAAUACGACGAGAUUGGUCCAAGCAUUUGCAGACAUAAUCCAGUCUUCUCAACUGCUUAA